CCGUUCUAUCCAGAACUAACUUCUGAUUUUCCUGAAUUUGAAGCCGCGUGAACAACGAAAAUGUCCGCAUCGGUGUCUCAGUUCCGUUACGGCGUGAGUUCUGAGGAAGUACGCCGGCACAACGAAACCGUCCUAGCGGAUUGCGAGGCGGGAGACCUGUUAGAGUUCCCCAGGUCGCAGGCCUACUCUCACUGGGCCGUGUAUAUAGGGGACAUGAGGGUUAUACAUCUGUCUGGAGAAAAUGACGGCAUCAGUGACGGACUCGGCAACCCGGCCAAGGGGGCUUCUAUCUCAGGGAAGAUGUUCGAAAAGGCUCAGAUCAUGGAAGACCUGUUCUGGGACGUUGUUGGCGACAGCAUGGUGAAGAAGAACAACUACCAGGACGGGGACAGGGCGGUGCCUUCGGGACGGGAGAUCGUGGCGAGGGCUCGGUCCCGGCUGGGAGAGGAGGGUUAUAACGUGCUGUUUAAAAACUGCGAGCACUUCGCCACCUGGUGUCGCUACGGGACGGAACAGAGCCAACAGGUGAAUGACGCCCUGUGGUACGUGGGUGUCGGCACGGCCUUUGCGGCGGGAACAGCCCUACUGGCAGGCUGGAUGCUCGGCGACACCCAGAAGGAACCCAGAAGAACCCAGAAGAAACAAACUUCACGGCGAUAAAGAAAAGGAUGGCAACUCCUAAUCACCAAGCAAAUUCUGUGGUGUUAGGUGACUCUUGUAUCCAUUGACCUCCUGUAUCUAGUCUCCACCAGACUCCUUUUGCAGGCUGAUAAAUAGUAGAAGUUGACCUAAAAAGACAAGCUGGAGAUUGUAUGGCGGCCAUCUCCUCUGCCCAUGAUAUUCCCUUUUAGGCCAAUUUCUACUUAUUUAUCAGCCUGCAAAAGGAGUCUGGUGGAAACUACCCUGUAUCCAUUGCAAUUGGCUGCCCCUUGCCACACAGAAUCUGCUUGGAGGUUAAUGAAACAAUAACUCUAGAUCUUAGGGACAUUCCAUAACUUUCCACUUCUCAUGAGACACGCCUAUGAGUCACCCCAUGGUGACAACACAUGUGGAAACCGGCCCAACUACAUAACAUAAUCUAUAACAUUCCAUUUCAAUUGUGCCUGUACUGUAUACACAAAGAGCUGUGCUCUAGAGGUCUGUUUGCAAUCACAUACAGCUUCUGACUUUCUACAAUUCAGCGUCUGACAUGUUGGUAUGUUAAAAGCAAGUGCAAACUCAUUAUGUGAUUCAUUAUAGACAUUAUACAUUUAUGAAGUUAUGUUAAUAAUAAUAAUACCUUCUUAUAACAUAUUUUAUAGGGAGAUGAAUAAUUCCAAACAAUUUGGCCAGUAUCUUCACUUAUAUGUUGUAUCUUCAUGCAUACGUAUGUUACAUGUAACAUUAUCUGUUAUAUAUGUCUUGCAUAUUAUAAUUGGACCACUUAUAUCUAAAAGUAUUUUAUUGUUCUGGUUUUGAGCGACAACUUUGUGGGUCAUCUGUAUAUAGAAAUAUUUGGGAAAUAGAAUAAACACCUAAU